AUGAAAUUCAACACGAUCGCCGCCUUGUUGGCCGCUGCGCAGUCUGCCAAUGCGAUCAACAUCAUCUCCUCCAACGAUGAUGGCUGGGCCGAAGUCAACAUUCGAGCUCUCUUUGACACGCUCACGGCUGGUGGUCACUCCGUUGUGGUAGCUGCGCCGGCUGAGAAUCAGAGUGGAACUGGGUCCUCGCAAAAGACUCCUACAGUUCUCACCGAAGCCUGUGAAUUUAACAGUUGCCCUUCUGGCAGUCCGGCUGUGGGAUACAAUGCUUCGGAGCCUCGCCUGAACUAUGUCAAUUCGUAUCCAGCAACUUCCAUGAAGUACGGCAUCGACUCGAUCGGCCCUGAGUUUUUUGACGGAACUCCUGAUCUCGCGGUCGCUGGUCCAAAUGUGGGAAACAACAUUGGCCUGGAAGUCUUGCUGUCCGGCACCGUUGGAGCGACCACUUAUGCCGCCUACAAUGCUGGAAUUCCCGCUAUUGCAUUCUCUGGAUCUACCGGUUCCCAAACCGCCUGGAAUGCUUCCGCGACUUACCCGGAUUACAGCCAAGUAUACGCCGAUCUUGCGCUCAACGUGACGGACACGCUAGUGGCCUCUGGCGUACCUUAUCUCCCGAAUAAUAUCUGGCUCAACGUGAACUUCGGUGCAGUCUCCUCCUCAUGCCAGACCGCCGCAGACUUCUCCUUCGUGCUUUCACGUAUUCACGUGGCCAUCCCUCUCAUCACUGCCGACGACGUGACCACCUGCGGCAGCUCCCGGCUUCCAAGUGAGAUCACAGUUGCCCUCACUUCAGGAUGUUACGCAAGCGUGUCGGUGGGACUGGCAAGCACCAAGGGAGACGCCAACGCCACUAUGCAGGGGGUUGUUCUGAAGAAGCUGAGCAAUAUCCUGACUUGCUUGCCGUAA